CUUGGCUAUUUAUUGAUAGUUUAUUUUGUUUAUUAAAACUUGUAUUAACUGGAAACAUUCUUAAUUUAUCUUACUUAAUAAAAAGGGUUCUGGCGUUUUUUUCUGUCACGAAACCAAGCCUAAUAAUUCGAAGGGAGGUGUUGUUACAUAAUGAAAUUAGACAAAAAAAAAGUAUAUGAAAUUUGCAAUACAAUUCUAUCCUCUGCUGAUUUAGAUACAAUAACAGAGAAAAUAGUCCGACGUCAAGUUGAAGAAGAACUUGGCUUGGAGGACAAGAUUCUAGACGGUGAUCCUUAUAAAAGUAUUGUUAAAGAGUUCGUCAAUAAAAUAUUAAAUGACUUGCAACAGAAAAGUGAUUCUUCAUGUUCACCGCCACCACAAGUUAGUCAACCAAAGAAAACCAGAGCCAAAACUACUACUAAAUCGACUUCUAUAAAUAACAAGCCAAAAAAAACUAAGAUUAAAUCAAAGGACUCUAGCAAGGUUUUGGAAGAUGAUGAUUUGCCAUCAAAACCCUUAAAUAGCAAAGCUCGAAGUAAGGUAUCCAAACAAGAGUCGUCACCAACAUCAAAGACUCAAGCUGACAAAGCUCAAAACAAAAUAUCCAAAACAUAUGGAGAAUCAAAAAUAGUAUCUUCAAGCUCAAAACCUACCAAUCGAGAAGAGGAAUCGAGGACGACGGACGAUAAUAAAUCAUCAUCUAGUUCAAGGCCUGCUAAAAGCAAUGCUACGACCAAAAAAACUAGACAAUCAAAUAAGUUCAAGAUAACGGGGUUAAAUAAGGAGAUACCUUCUGAAGAAGAGUCUGAAUCGGGUUUGUCCAUAAAAAACACUUCCAAAAGUGUCGAUGCUGCUUCAACAACAAAAGGGAGCGAUUUAGAAGAGUCUGCGUUGCCACCAGCAAAACGACCUAAGCAGAUAAAGAUCGAUACAUCGUCAGAUAAGGAUGAAGAACCUAGCAGAAAAAUGCGCGUCAAAGAGAAGGUGGACAAGGAGGAACAAUCUCGUCGAAAAAUCGAACCUGUUGAGGAUGGAGGGGUGGUGAUGGCACUUGAGAAUAAAGUUCUCGCUCAAGACUCGGAUAUGAUUGGAUCAAAGAGCGGCGAUGAUGUUGAAUCUGAUAAUACCAUCAAAGAAGAUGAUGAUAAAGUGUUAAAAAGGACAUCAGAACCAGAAGGAGAUGGAGAUAAUUCCGAGUCGGUAGCCGAAGCUAAACAAGAAUUAAAUGGCUUGAAAGUUGAGUUAAUGUCUACAAAAAGAACAUUAGAUUUUAAAGAUGAGGACGACGACACUGAUUUAAGCUCGCUUGAAGAUGACAAACCGCGAAACAAGAAACGCAAGACUGAGAAAGCUCUAACUAAACCGGUAAAUAAUAAGCCGGUAAACGAUAAAUUAGUAAAUGAUAAGUCGGUAACGACAACUGAAAAGAAUGAAAAAAGAAUUAAAUCUCUUAAAAUGUCAAUUAAUAAGUGCGGAGUGCGUAAAAAUUGGUCGAAAGAGCUGGCGGAUUGCGACACAGAUUCUAAGAAAAUCAAAAAAUUGAAAAAAUUUCUCGAGGAUUUAGGAGUUAAAGGGCGUCCAACACUCGAAAAAUGUAAAAAGGUAAAAAAGAACCGAGAACUUGAAGCUGAGUUAAGAGCAAUGGAUGUUGACAACAUAAUCUCCGAUGAUGUUAAAGAAUCUCGAAAAGCACGUGCUUCUAGAGGCAUUUUUAACCCUGUGCGUCGUAAAGCUUCACGCGUUACUCAGUCUUCGCCGGUAUGUAGUAAAUUACUCCCACUUCAAUAUUAUAUCGAGCUCACAAUUAUUAAAAUUUAUAGGAGUACGAUGAUUCCUCCUCAAAAGAAAUACAAUCAGAUUCCGAAUAAAUAAAGUAUGAUAUUAGGCAUGGAAAAUCUUUUCAUGUUCUUUAAUAGUCUUGAGCUUUGCUCAAAAAUUGUAAACAAAAGCUUUAUAUAUACUUCUAUUAUACCGUGUUUCAUUACUCAACUUUCAGUUGAUUAAUUGCUUUCAUCCUAUUCCUGUUGGCUAACAUGGUAAUAGCCAUACAAGAUAUAACAAAGCCUACAAACUUAAAAAAGGCUGAGCGUGAUAUUUGUCUUUCUUCCUCCGGUGUUCGAAAGGAAGAAAAAAUUCUUCGUAAAUUUGGAAAUGGCAUC